CUUGAAGGCUCAUUCGUCUAUGAUACCGUUCUCUUUUUGUCGUGUCAUAACAUUCAAUCUUCGCCGCACACACCUACGCUUCCCUGGAUUCUCCACACUUCCUCACACACGCGCCUGCGCAACGUAAAGAAGUUAGAAGAACCACUCAAAAUGGGAAUCCUAGACCUCGAACAGCAACUCAUUUUCUAUGGCUCUUACCACCACACAAAAGGCAACAUCCUAAUCCACCUCAUCGGUGUUCCCGCAAUAAUGGCAACCACAUUCCUCUUCGCAAGCAACACCCCUCCCCUCCUCCCCCUCCCAUUCUCAAUUCCCUACUUCCCCCCAACCCUCGCAACCCUCUCCGCACUACUCUACUCAACCCUCUACAUCCUUAUGGAACCCUUUGCUGGGCUCCUCAUAACACCCCUAAUUCUGCUCAUGACGGCAUUCGUCACGCACCUGACAUCUGCCUCCACCACCACGGUCACUGCGAACACGGUGGCCGGGUACAUCUUUGUGCUGGCAUGGAUAGCACAGUUCGUAGGGCACGGCGUGUAUGAGAAGCGCGCGCCCGCGCUUUUCGAUAAUCUUGUGCAGGCGGUCUUUUUAGCGCCGUUUUUCGUCUGGUUUGAGGUGCUGUUUUGGUGUGGGUAUAGGCCAGAGUUGAAGGUUAGGGUUGAGGAAGGGGUUGUAAGGCGGUUGGAGGCGUUCAGGAGGAAGGAGACAGGGAAUGUGAAGGGGAAGGGAUAGUAGGGAUUGCAGAAGAAUGGGGGGAGCGGGUGGGUUGUGGAAUGUGAUGGUUUGGGGUGGUGAGGGCAGUGGGGAUUUGUUGGACCAUGAUGUUUUUACGCCAGGUGUUAAGUUCUGAGCACGUCACACUACGGUGAUUGUGGAUCCAUUCAUUUGAUGGGUCGGAUCGGAGUCAUUCGUGCCAACUCGCGAUCAACAAAAUCCCACCGUGCGAUUACAACUGGGAUACCGUUAGAGACUUUGAUUGAUUAAGCCAUCGAGUCAAAGUGCCCGGCGCACGACGCUGGUAUUGUAACAUAAAAUCACCGGUCACGACCAUGAAUCCCGACGCAUAAAACAAGGGACCAUGUUCAUGUAACGACAAUGUUUCGUUAAAAAGAGUCAAAAAGUCAACAAUCUAGUAGGUGGAUGAGAAUAGGUGAAUGAUAUUAAAAUUCAGGUUGCCUCCAUUUCCUUUGCUUGGCUUACGUGAACUGUUCAUUGAUGCUAUCGGUAAUAUCUACUGAUUCUCAUCUCCGGGCUAUGAGUAAUCCCUCCCUGCAAAGCAAUUCACACCUUAUGAGAACUUUUGGAAAUGGUAUAUCCUGCCUUGUUACAACGCUUCAGUCUAAUAUGUAACCGUGCCAAGGUUCCCGCGACUUUGAAAGACGCUAGGCGACUUGCAAAGAUUGAUGGCACUCCUACGGAGUGCUCAAUGUGAUGGAUAGCUCAACGUGACCCCUCUCUGCACAUAGUAGUUGUGGGCUUUUAAGGAUCACAUACUAUACCCACACCACCACACAAUAUCUGCCAAAAGUUGCUCUGAAAUUGAAGUCUGGAUAAAACAAGUAACUGAAAGGCUCAAUGGAGAGGAAAAUCCCAAUGUGGCUAGCAUGGCACACAAGUUCCAGGUUCCCAAAUACGGUCUUUGUACAUGGUAGAAAGACUGUAAAUCCCAUCAGGAACAAGUGGCACAGAACAGAAAACUGACAAAGGACCAAGAGGUUU